CUCUCUCUCUCUCUCUCUCUCUCUCUCUCAAGCACAGUUUCUACCUCCCAAAGAUUCGAUCUCUGCUCUCCUCAAACUCUUCCCUCUCAACUUACUGCUUCCUUCUCCCUAACUCACCUCAACCCCGAGCUUCCAUGGAGAGGUCGGAAUCAUUUGAUUAGGGUUAGGGAUUUCACCACCCAAACUAAAUCUCAGAUUCGAACUUCAUUUCUUUUCUUUCUAAAUGGGCUGUGUGUUUGGGCGUGAGGCUUCCUCUGGAGCCAAAACAUCUGAGCCCAAACUACCACAGACCUCCUCCAAAACAGCGAGUAAGAGCAAUGGUUCCGAUGUAGAAGUAGAGAAGAAGAAGGAAGAAGUAGAAAGGAAACCGAAAGGAGGAGAUCGGAGAAGAUCUUCAAAGCCGAAUCCACGUCUUAGUAACCCCUCAAAGCAUUGGAGAGGCGAACAGGUCGCUGCUGGUUGGCCCUCUUGGCUCUCUGAUGCUUGUGGUGAAGCUCUUAACGGUUGGGUUCCACGAAAGGCCGAUACUUUCGAGAAAAUCGAUAAGAUUGGACAGGGGACGUAUAGUAAUGUAUACAAAGCUAAGGAUAUGUUGAGUGGUAAAAUAGUUGCGCUUAAGAAGGUUCGGUUUGAUAAUUUGGAGCCUGAAAGCGUUAAGUUUAUGGCGCGAGAGAUUUUAGUUCUGCGGAGACUUGAUCAUCCUAAUGUUGUUAAGUUGGAAGGUUUGGUUACUUCAAGGAUGUCUUGUAGCUUGUACCUUGUGUUUCAGUAUAUGGAUCAUGAUUUGGCUGGUCUUGCUUCUAGCCCUGUUGUUAAGUUCUCUGAAUCAGAGGUUAAAUGUUUAAUGCGUCAGUUGUUAUCUGGUAUGGAGCAUUGUCAUAGUCGUGGAGUCCUUCAUCGUGACAUAAAAGGAUCAAAUCUUCUUAUUGAUGAUGGUGGUGUUCUCAAGAUUGCUGAUUUUGGACUGGCGACUAUUUUUGAUCCUAAUCAUAAAAGGCCGAUGACGAGCAGAGUUGUCACGCUGUGGUAUCGAGCUCCGGAGCUUCUUCUUGGUGCCACUGAUUAUGGUGUAGGUAUUGAUCUUUGGAGUGCUGGUUGUAUUUUAGCUGAGUUAUUGGCGGGGAGACCUAUUAUGCCUGGUCGAACAGAGGUGGAGCAACUCCAUAAGAUUUAUAAGCUCUGUGGUUCACCAUCAGAGGAUUACUGGAAGAAAGGAAAGUUUACACACGGAGCUAUAUACAAACCACGUGAACCGUAUAAAAGAUGCAUUAGAGAGACGUUUAAAGAUUUUCCACAGUCGUCUCUUCCUCUCAUUGACUCUCUUCUAUCAAUUGAACCGGAAAACCGUAAAACUGCAACUGCUGCGUUAGAAAGUGAAUUCUUUACAAGCGACCCAUGUGCCUGUGAACCUGCUGAUCUACCAAAGUAUCCACCGAGUAAAGAAAUGGAUGCGAAGCGACGAGAUGAAGAAACUCGGAGACAAAGAGCUGCUAGUAAAGCCCAAGGAGAUGGUGCAAGGAAGAAUAGGCACAGAGACCGUUCAAAUAGAGCACUUCCAGCUCCAGAAGCUAAUGCAGAACUUCAGUCAAAUGUCGAUAGGAGGAGAUUAAUCACACAAGCAAACGCCAAAAGCAAGAGCGAGAAGUUUCCGCCACCACACCAGGACGGUGGAGCAAUGGGGAUACCAUUGGGGGCCUCGCAGCACAUAGACCCAACAUUCGUGCCACCAGACAUGGCUUCAUCCUUCACUUCCACUUCUUUCAAUUUUUCGAAAGAUGAACCGCCAACACAAGUUCAGACCUGGUCAGGUCCUCUGGGUCAUCCCAUCACAGGCAUUACCAGAAGGAAGAAAGAUAGUACCAAAAGCAGCAAAGGAAAGAGAGCAGUGGUGGCUUGAGACAGAAAAUAUAAUUCCCAUGCAAAUGCUCUCUUUCUUCAAUUUAUAACAAUGUAAGUGUUAUUCUUUGUUGCUUCUUGAAAAGAAAGUGUUUUAUUCUUUUCAAAUUUGCGUAGACUGUCAUGUGUUUAUAAUUAUUAUGACGUUAUAUUAUGUAAUAUACACUACCUUUUUGCUGCUAUUACUUUUAAAUAUAUCUGCUCGACU